UUAUGUCACUUCGCCAAACUAAUAUUUUUGUGUCUUUUGUAAUCAACGGGAUAUUUUUUCUGCUAAUUAAUAUUCUAUCAACCAUGUCUUUCCUUACCGAGUAUUUCGACGAGUAUCGGCCACAUCCUAUUAAGAAGACGAAAAUGUGUCGUCCGGAAAACAGAUGGGCUAAACUCCAAGGAACUUGGCUUGAUCCUAAAAAAGGAACUCAGGAUAAAUCCUGGACUGACGAGGAGAUCGAAGAGUUCAUCAAAGAAACUAUGAAGAGACUGCGCGGUCAGUCGACGUACUACAACGACUACUGCUCAUCCCUGUCACCAGAAUUUAAAACCCGCCCAUUCGUGCCUCGCGUAAAGAAGAAGAAACCAUGUUUGGAUAGAGGUUCGGAGGCGGUCGAAGAGGAGGCUCCGGCGCCGCAGCCACAGAAGCUGGCCAUCAAAGACACGGAGUUGAUGAAGGUUGCACGAGAGCUUUAUGAACCGGACUUGGAUAAACCCACUCUGGAACCACUUCCUACCCAUUUGAGAAUCGCCGGCUACGUGCGCAAGUCUUUGUACCGCACCGGAAUCAGCGACUACCAGGGCGGCAUAGCUCGCCUGGCAUACGAGAUGGUGCGUGAUGACCGCAUCCCGCGCUACAGGGCUCACAACGGAUGCCGUCCGCGCUGGGGGCUCCCGCCAGAGGGCACCAGGCAGCCGGAGCUCGACGGCGCGCCAUACGACGGCGAAAGGCUUUACUAAACAAUAAAUACCUCGUUUUUAUCACGUGCUAUUGUUCAUUUACAACGCACAACCGCUACCUUAAGUAAUCAAUAAGAAGACUUUAGAAACACUUUUUUUCUGAAAAUCAUAAUUAACGUGUCAGAUAUUGACGCCUCCUUGUGACCACAGAUAUGUAGCAAGCUACUUGUGACAUCAUACUUCGACGUUUGACCCAUAAAUUUAGGGUCUCCCUAAGGGUAGCUACACUCAUAAUCGGACCGGCAUUAAAAGGCAGAGAGACAUUCGAGAUAUAGGUAGGUAUUUGAAAAACCAUUGCUGUCGCACAUUGGCAAAUACCGUGCAAGAAAGACAACAGUAGCAAACGCUGAAAAUUGCAAAAUUCGAGGUCUGGCUCUCGACGAUCUCCUCUACGAAAAUUAGAUAUUAUGUAAAAAAGCUACCUGUAGAAUAAUGAGUAGUUUUAUUUACUAGGCCUCUAUGUUUUGUUUUUUUGUAUAUGUACAGAGAUCAAAAAAAGUUUGCGAUCUAUUGAAAAAUAGAUUGUUUU